AUGAUCUUCCACACCGGGGGGUCGGUUUUCAUUCGAGGUGCCCAUCGUUUCGGGUUCUCCUAUAUGUCCACAGCGGCCUGUAUCGACACAAUCCUGUCUUCAAAUGGUGGGACUCUCGGAGGUGUACCGCAUAUACCUAAAUAUAUCAACGUGACGGGGCUUUAUUUAUCCGAGAGAGAUCCCCGUGUUCGUACUUCUCAUGUAGCAGCUAAUUACGCCUCAAGAAGUGAGGACGCAGGGAUCGUGUUGCGGCGGAGCACGGUACGUCAGGCGAGUCCAGGGGUGGCUAGACCGCUUGGGAAGGGGCACCUGGAGGCACAAGAGGCGGGUGGUGAUUUAUACAUUCGUGGAGGCAACCCUGGAAUAGGUGGCGACUAUCCUAAUGACACCAAGGAGGGACACGUUUUAUCUAUAUGGAUUCCACAGGGUAUCCGCUGCGUUCAUGAGAGGACGCAAAUCCAAGAAUGGCCGCAACUAACCUUUGUCCCACACUAG